GAGAAAAGAAGCAUCUGUAUGUCAAGAAAAGCAGACAAACACACAGCCAUGGUUAUUAGAAACAUAUUGAAGAGAUACAGUGUGGCUCUGGAAAAACAUUCAUACAAGUGUCACAUUAAAAAAACUGCUUUGCUGCUUACAUUGACAUUUCUACUGUCUACUAUUAUUUACAUCCAGGACUUCUCAUUUAAGUCAGUUAUGCCCCCUCGAACCUGGUUCAGUGAUGCUGUACAGACACAAUCUACUUAUGUGGCGACCUCAGACAAUUUUAACCAUGACAUGCAAACAUCUAUACCCAAGACUGAUCAACAAAUCCAACAAUCUGCAGCAUCCUCUAUGAGCAAAUGCAGUACAUUGUGUCAUCAUAUGGCUCAUCCAUGCAAUUAUAAUUUUAUUCUGGAUGAACUUGAUAAAUGUCGCCAGCAGAAUCCAUUCCUGGUCUUGAUGGUUCCUGUGGCGCCUCAUGAGUUGGAGGCUCGGAAUGCCAUCCGGAGCACAUGGGGAAAAGAGAACACAGUCCAGGGAAAAACAGUGAUGACUUUGUUCUUGGUGGGUUUGCCUGGAGGAGCCGAUACUGGUAAAGCCCAACAGCAACUACAGGAAGAGAGCCGACAACACAGAGACUUGCUGCAAAGCAACUUCGUCGACUCGUACUUCAAUCUGACCUUAAAGACGAUGGUGAUCAUGGACUGGCUGGUCACUCAUUGCCCUCAAGCAUCUUUUGGCAUGAAGGUUGAUUCUGACAUGUUCUUGAAUGUGGAGAAUUUGAUGACUCUCCUAUUGGCACCCAACACACCCAGACAGAACUAUAUCACUGGCAUGAUUAUGCGGGAACGACCGGUCAAUAGAAAUAAAAAAUCUAAAUAUUAUGUGUCAGAGGACCUGUACCCAGAACCAACAUAUCCAAUUUACCUGAUGGGAAUGGGAUAUGUUUUCUCCAAUGAUCUUCCAAACAAAAUUGUUGAGGCUUCAAAGAAAGUAAAACCCUUUAACAUAGAGGAUGCAUAUGUGGGUGCUUGUCUGAAAAGGUCAGGCGUUCAACCCUCACGUCCUCCAAUCCCUUCUCAAUUUCGGACUUUUAUGACCAAUGAGAAGAGUCACAAGCUUUCUAGGGUCAUUACAACAAUCGCAAGAUCACCGAAGCAACUAAUCGAGUUUUGGAAGCAGAGAUCCAUAUGAAUGAAUGACAACACAGAGAGGACAGGUUUCCAUGUAUGAGAAAGACUGUACAUUUUAAAUGUGUGUAUCUGCUAAAAGUUAAUUUAAUCAACUGAUAGAUGUAUUGACAUCUCAAAUUGGAUUAAAAGGCACAAAACUCCAGUUAUGAAUUAAUGUGGUCUUUAAAAAAAACUUGUAUAAUAUUUAAGGUGAAGUGAAGAUGCAAAAUAUGCACACAUCUGCAUAUUCUAAAAUUCUUUAAAUAUUAUUUCAAGUGUGUAUAUAUUAUAAAAUAAAAAUCAUGGUUGUAUAGACCUUAUUCACACUUGCGGCAUCUUUGAUUUAUACAGGAAUGUAAACAAUCUCUUCAAUGGCAUGUAUGGUAUAAAGCUAUAUAAAGCUCCUAGAUCACAUCUGAUUUUCCAUUUUCAAAGUAUCAGAUUAGUAGUAUCCAAGACUUAUUAGAGUGCUACAAGAAUAUAUAUAAUAAUUAUUAUUAUUUUUUUUUGAGUAAAUGGUUAAGUGCUCAUGGAAAAGACAGAGAGUGAGUCUGUUUCACGGAUGGAGUUGGGAAUUCACGGAUAUUUCAUAUUUCAGUUCACAAGUUGGAAUUUGAAUUGAUUUGGCAAAACCCCACAGAAAGUUGUAUUUGAAUGAUAGGAAGUGGAAUUCAAUGAAUUGCAAUUAAAAGAAAUUCAACACAGUCACACAUUUUGUGACUAAUAAUUACAAUAUUUUUUAAGUAUGAAUAUUGGUAGAAUUAUAUUUUUUAACUUACAGACAUAACAUUUCUCUCUCAAAAAAAAAAUACAUUAAUUAAAGUGGUUGUUUCAUAUUCUUUAAAAAAAUGUAUUAUCUUCACAGAGGUCCAAUGAUAAUGUCAAUCUUUUUUUUUCACACUGUCUCUGGCCCUCUGUCUGAAAUGCUCAGUUUUAAGCUAUUUGGCCCUUUAAAACAUCAACGUAAAUGCCCACUGUUCUGAUUGGCUAACAUAUUUGAAGGCUAUUUAUUUUAGGCUUAUUUAUUAUGAUGAUUAUUAUAAUUAUCUUUACAUUUAUAAUUGUCUUUAGUUCUUAAGUUGUAUGCUAGUAAUUUUCACCUGUUGCUGCAUACUGAUACUUGCGUGAUUGCAAAUGGAGCCGUUGGAGAUGGUAAAUGUUUGGAUUUGGGGAGGUGGUUAUAUAUAAGAUUUUUUAUCACUUUGUUAUUUGUAUUGCUUUUUCGUUUCGUUUAAAGUGCCAUUUGAAUUUAGAAAUGUCUUUUUUUCAAGUUUGUCAUGAUUUAAUAAAUUUAUGAAAUUUUC